UUAAGUAAUUAUACUCCCACUUAAAAACUCAAGUCAUAACACCAUAUAAAAUCAUAAAUAAGUAUUUUUUUUAAAAAAUAAAAUAAAUUAUAAAUAAGUAUCCUACACUACUUUUUCAGCUGCUCAUCAUUUUUAUUUUCUUUCAACCCUAAAAAAACACAAAAAAAAAAAAAAAAGACUUCUAUCAUCUUCUUCUGUUAUCUUCUUGCAAAUUUUCUCUCUCCUUCCCUUUAAUGGUGUCGAUGAACCCUAGUUCGGCGGAAGAAUUCUACUUGGACGCUAAUGGCGUCGCUUUGCCAGGAUUGAAUCCGUUCUCGGCGCCGCCACCGGAGGAAUCUCCGGCGUCGGCGGCUACUGCGACGGUGUCUUCUCCGACGGACGAUUCGAGUAGUAAGAAGAUUAGGAAGCCGUAUACGAUUACGAAGUCUCGAGAGAGUUGGACUGAACCUGAGCAUGAUAAAUUUCUUGAAGCUCUUCAGCUUUUUGACCGUGAUUGGAAAAAGAUUGAAGCUUUUAUUGGGUCAAAAACUGUUAUUCAGAUACGCAGUCAUGCUCAGAAGUAUUUUCUGAAGGUUCAAAAGAGUGGUAGCAAUGAGCAUCUACCGCCUCCUAGGCCAAAACGAAAAGCUGCGCAUCCAUAUCCACAGAAAGCUCCUAAAAUAGGUCCAUCAGUUUCUCAACCAACAGGUUCUUUGCAAUCAUCUUCUCUUUUGCUUGAACCUGGGCUUCAAAGGCCAGAUUCUACUACAAUACCCCAAUAUCCUAAUAACACCACAGCUGUCUCUUCAUGGGUCAAUAAUUCUCAGUCUAAUGUGGCAAAAGGUGAAUUAAAACCCCCAGUGCCACCAAUUGCAAAUAACUGUUCAAGCAGUACUGAGAGCACAGCAAUGGCACGCAAUACCGGUGGACUGAAUGAAGCAGUAAAGCAUGCUCCACCAUUAAGAGUUCUGCCUGACUUUGCUCAAGUAUACGGCUUUAUUGGCAGUGUCUUUGACCCAGAAGUUAGUGGUCAUAUGCAGAGGCUUAAGAAGAUGGAUCCAAUUGAUGUUGAAACGGUAUUAUUGUUGAUGAGGAAUCUCUCAAUCAAUUUGAGGAGUCCUGAUUUUGAGGAUCAUGAAAUUUAUUAAGAAAUACAAACCUCCUUUGACUUGGUAAUUGGCCUGCCCUGAGUGAGAGUGUUAAGAGCAGUGGAAGACAUCAUCCUGGAACCUCAAAGCAUCAUUCUGGAACUUCUUUCAUGCUAAUCAAAACCCUUGGGAUUGAGUAGGCUAGAAUAUAGUGGGAAGUGCAAUAGGAGUUCACGAAUGUUUCCACGUGUGUAAACCAAGUGGUCAAGUGGUGCAGAAUGAAUUUUCCUUGGAACAGAGAAGUGAGGGAACACACUCACAAGUGAGGGAAAAGAAAGCCUCUAUGGGUUGAGCAUGAGAACUUUUAUCUUGCAGUCCUUCCUUACUGGCCUAACUCUUUUAUCUGAAGCAACAUGUGACUGAAACUGUAUUGUUAUACUGUUAUACUCUUGCUGAUCUAAUAUGAGUGCAAUCGAAGAUUUAUUCCAGUGUUAUUGCAUCAUGUCUAAUGUCAGUGCUUUUUUAGGCUUCUUUGGGCUUAAUUAUUCUGGCUUUAUGAACCGAUACCAACUGUCUUAUUUCCCUUCUCUACGAGUAAACUGCAGACUGGGAUUACUGAUGUUACAAUGCACCAAGCCUUGUAUUCCUGUAUUUAUAUGGGUUCCUGUAAAUGUUCUUUGAUUUAUAACAAAAAACAUUCUUUUUGUUAGUUUAGUCCGACCAACUCUUAUUUAUUUUAAGGAUUCUAUUGGUUGUGGUAUAUCCGUAUAUGUAUAUUUGAUUACUGGUAUUUUUGGUAUCAUAAAUGU